AUGCUAAAAUAUCAACCAGAUCUACAGAAUUUCAAUCGUUUUCAACAUCAAAUUCAUUAAACUAGCAAGUCUAACAACUUUUAGAUGCAUAUUCACUUGAUCUAAAAUUUGGUUGAAUUGCCUUUCUCUCAAAAUGAUAUAGUCACCCUCUUGCUCCAAGCACUAAAUAACCUAGCAGUUAAUUAUUAUAAGUAAUGCUCUUGUCUACUAAUUGCUUAGAUUUGAUUUAUUUGCUAAUAAGAUCUUUAAGUUCAUGAGAAAUCAUUUACUGAAAAAUGAUCAAUUACAGUGUAAUUAGUUUAGACAGAAAGUGAUUAAGUUUAUUGUCCAAAUAAACAUGGCAAAGAUGAAAUUACAAUUAGGAUCAUAUGGUAAAGCUUUUCUUCUUGCUGAAUAAGCUAUGAGUGCAUUAGAAAAAGACCUCAUUGAUAGAUUGAAACAAAGAGACUCAAAAAUUGAAGAUGCCAUGCUACUCAUCAAUGGCUAUCUGAUUUUAGCUAAAUCCUACGAGUUUUCCUCAGAAUUUGAUAUUUAGUACAUACAAAGCAAAAGCGUUUGGGCACAGAAAAACUAAUAAGAUUAAUUUUGUAAAUUCUAUUUAAAUGCAAAAUAAUUGGCAAUUAAAUAUUUAGGAACCAACAAUAAACUCAUCUAAAAAUUACAAUAUUCGUGUUCUCAUCGUGUCUAAAAACCCAAAACUCCUCAACUAAUGCCAUAAGUAAUUUCAAGACAAUAGUUGAAUCAAUUAAUUUAAUUAUUGAAAUUGGUCAAAGGCAGAGUCACAAUAGUCAUACAACCUGAAAAACCUCUAGUCAGAAGAUGCUUAAAGGGAUCAAUAGACACACAUAAAACCACAUCGACACAGAACAGUCAAGUCGAUAUGUCCAAACCAUACAUUAAGCAAUUUAGAGUGAGAUGUAAAUAAAACAGUCACCAUGAGAUUAAUUCUUCAGAUGAAACCACAAAAGAGAAAAUGCAGAAUUGUGAUACCCCAAUUUCUCAAUAUAAAUAAUUAGAAACUAUUAUUCAAAAAAAGGUUGAAGAGUAAUUGACUAUGAAAUUGAAUGCAAAAUAAUUGAAUAAUCUUGAAGAAUAAAAGAAAUUGUAGGAGUAGAAUUAAUAGAUAUCUAAUUUAUAUGAUUAAAUUCAAUAACUUAAGGAGUAACUCAAAUAAAAAGAGGUGUUACAAGAGUAACAAAAAGUGCAAAUUGAACUCUUACAAGCUCAUAAUAAAUAGCAGUCAUUGAAGAAUGUGAAGUCCAUUUAGAGUCCUAUCAAAAAGAAUAAUUUUAUAUAGGAAUUUUAAAUUUCAAGUGAAUAAAAAUAAUCCCUAGUUUAAAGUGCCAUUCAAAUCAAAAGAGCUGAAAUCAACGAAUUUAAUACUGAAUAAACCCCUAUCAAAUUGGUAAACUCAAUUAUUGGGGAAUUCUAAACUCCUGGAAAUAAGAGUUCCAUUGCUGAAUUUUAAACCAACAAAAAAAGCACUCCUCCAUUUAGUUUUAGUUUCCACAAACAUUAAUAGCAAUCAAUAGAUGUGCCAUUAACUCCCCCUCCUAAUGUUACUUAAGAUAACACUCUUGAUCAAUCCCAACAGUGGCCAUCUCAAAAGUUAUAACACAUCAGCAUAAUUGAAUUCGAGGAAUCUAUGAAUUUUUCAAUCACUUAUUGUAAACGAAAAUAUUUAUAUUAGAAUCCAAUUCGGAGCAUUAUUCCAUUUAGUUAUAACCAAAUGAAAUCUAUAUGAUUUAAGUAGAGAGUGAAUUAUCCUUUACAGUUGAAAUCUCACUUGUUACUAAUAAAGCAAAUCCAAAGUUAGAGGACUUUUGCAUUUUGAUUUAAGUUAACAUAAAUUCUUAAAGAAUCAGUGAAUUAAUAGAAAUAAGUUCUUUAGCUGACAUGCUAUAACACACAGUAAAUAAUAUUUGUAUUCCUUAUCCUCUGAAAUAUAUAACUUCCUAUAAGCUUUUUAUUUAAUACCUUUUGAUUCCCUUCAUUUAAGUAUAAAUGGAAAACAAAUAAUACAAGAUUGCCUUGUUUUCAAUUCCUCAAGGUCUGUUUAGCAAUUGGUAAUGCAUUAAUCUAUAUGGUGAUCAAUGCGAAUGGUCUAUGUUUUUUAUAGAAAAUUAUAAAUUCAAAGUGGUAAUCUUUCAGAAUAAAAUCAAUAUCUUAGACUUCGAGAUAUUCUUAGAUUAAGUGUCAUUUGAAGAGUAUUUUGAGUUUUUGAAUUUUGACUAGAAUAGUUAAUAGGAGAUGUAAAAUAUAUUGAAUUCAAUGAAGAAGAUUUAAUCAUCAUCUCAUAACUAUUUCAAACUUCCAAAUGUUAAAAUAAGAGAUAAAGAUAAAUUAAUAAAUUUUAUCAACAAUUGUCUAAUCUAAGUUGAAACAUUGAUUAACGAAUAGAAAUAAAAGGAUGUUAAGCAUUAUUUAAAGGAGAAUGUUAUUGCACUCAAUUUAGAUGUCAUUGAAAAAUGUAAAAUAAGGGCAUCAUUAGUUUAAAAGAUUAAUGGUAGGAUUGACCUAAUAUUAAAGAACUUCUAUUAAACUCAUCUGUCUCAAGAUUAACUCGGAUUUGCUGGCGGUUCCAUUUAAAUUACAGAUGAAUUUAUUUAGGAUAAAUUUCAUAUUGACUUUUUCACAUUAAAUGAAAGUGAGAAGUAAUUCAUUCUUAAGAAAAUCAGUAAUUAUUUCAAAUUGCAUGUUUACAAUAGUUUGUAAGAUGGUAAUGAUCUGGAUUGGAAAAAUGAGAAUCCAAUACAAUAAAUAGACUAAAACUUCGGUGGAACUCAUAAAAUUAUGAUAGUAGAUCAAUAUAGAACUCCUAUUAACUUUACUUUGAUAGGAAUUCAUGAUAGGCCAGAAUUCGUUAGGGUGGACAUGUUUGACACUGAAAAGGUUCAAUAAAAUGGGCUCUUGUUCUUUAUUAAUGAGGAUCAAUGGAGAAGGAGAGAGAUUCAACCAUCUGUGAAGAAAAGCAAAUAGUCAAAAUACAAUAAAGAAUUCGCAAUAGCUGAAAAAUAUUAUUUGAACCAAGUGUUGUAGGAGGGAGGGUGGAGAGUAAUUGAAAAAUUGAUAAUAGCAAAGAAUUCGAUCUAAAUAAAUCAAGAGGGAAAAAUACAUCGGUUAGAAUAAUUUUUGAAUUGGAAAUCAAUUUAUGAAAAUUGA